CAUCUUGUGUGUACAUACACAGACAAGAGGGAGAGAAAAAAAGCCUCAUAGUUCAAACCCUGAAUAUAAAAGCCAGUCAGACUGAGAAUACCCACAAACCACCGUGGUCCACUAGUGAGAAAGAGCAGCACAAAAGAGAUAACCAAUAGAGGAGAGCAAGACAGAGGCUGGCUCCAAUAAUUCAGACAUUGUUUGGACAAGACCUGCCUAAAGCCACUUCUGCAUUUCCCUUUAUGACCAUUCUGGUCUCAAGCCUUGCUCUGUAAGAGGAUAUUGAUUUGUUCCCACUGAAACUUGCGAACACUAAUGAGCGUGAGCAGCUCUUCUGCUUAUCGAUCGGAGCACAGUUUCCACCAGACGUCCUCAUCUUCAUCUUCAUCUACAUCCUCAUCAACCCCAUACAUGGAGAAAAGCAGGGGACUAUUUGCCGAGGACUUUGGAUCUUUCAUGUGCCCCAAGGAUGCAAUGGGCUUUCCAAGUUUGACUGGGACACCGGGAAAUAUCAAAACUCUUGGUGACACCUACCAGUUCACAGUAGACGUCUGUGAUUUCUCCCCAGAGGACGUGAUUGUUACCACCUCCAACAACCAGAUUGAAGUUCGGGCAGAAAAGCUUGCCACAGAUGGCACGGUGAUGAACACUUUUACCCAUAAAUGCCAACUACCGGAGGACGUGGACCCCACUUCUGUGACGUCAUCCCUGGGGCCUGAGGGGACGCUCACCAUCAAAGCUCGAAGGCAUCCAGCUAAACUGGAACACGCCCAAACAUUUCGCACGGAAAUCAAAAUUUAGACCUUCUUUACAUUCAGAAUUUUAUUGUGAUUCCAUGUCAGAGCUACACUUCUUUUCUUUGUACUUAUGUCAUCCUUUUUGUUUUCACAUACUUCUCCACAGUAGGACUAUAAAUAAACAACCACAUGGAUUUUCCAGCUUGAUCUCAUGAGAAAUUUGCAAGGAUGUGAAUAAACGGUGAAGGGUGAGGUUGCAUUCGGCUCGAUUUCACGCAAGUAAGAAAAGCAAAAGGUACAAAUUUUCAGAGGUUGAGAUUAUGUUGGGAUUUUCAUUGUAAUGAUUAAACACACAACGGUUAUGAUGAGAUUUGUUGUUAAAUUAUAGGUCAUACAUUUGACUUUGUAGAACGUAACUGUAAAGACUGCACAAACCCGUGUGUAGAUAAAUGUAUAUAUAAGUCGAGCUGGUCUAUACAAACUCACCACUGUUUGGAAUAAAAAGCACAUGAAGUCUG